AUGAGGGGCUGGGCGCACGAUCCGACAGACAAACGCAAAUGGCUCAAAUGGAUUGGCCCAGGGCCAGCCCCUGAGCCUGGAGAAUAUACUAUAAUGACUGACUACGAAAAAUACACCCCAAAAGGCGUCACUAGAAGACAUUUUUUGGAAGUCAAAGAACAUACAGUUAAUCUUGAUGGGGUGGAGUUCAAACGGGCAAAGUUAUAUAAUGGCCUAUUUCCUGGCCCCUGGAUUCAGGCCUGCUGGGGCGACGAUAUUGAAAUCACUGUUAGAAAUAAGCUCCAAUAUAACGGGACUGCAGUUCAUUGGCAUGGCCUUCGUAUGCUUGGAACUAAUUUGCAUGAUGGCGUUCCUGGAAUCACUCAGUGCCCGAUUGCUCCAGCUGAUACCUUUACUUACAAAUUUAAAGCAAUUCAAUAUGGCUCAAGCUGGUAUCACAGUCACUACUCUCUGCAAUAUACAGAUGGGUUAGUAGGUCCUUUAACAAUUCAUGGCCCGUCAAGCGCCAACUACGACCAGUCCAUCGACCCACUGUUGAUGCAAGAUCAUCUUCAUACCAGUGCUUUCCAGGCAUACACUAUUGCUCAGAAUGGCCGUCCUCCAAGCAUGCAUAGUAUAUUAUUAAAUGGAAUAGGUAGUUAUACCGGGCUUGGUGCGCAAGCUCCAACAAGAAAGUACAGUACUGUAGUGACAAAGGGGAAAAAAUAUCUUCUGCGUCUUAUUAACACCUCUACCGAUGCUAUAUUCGUUUUUUCGAUUGAUAACCAUAAUUUCACCGUGGUCGGUGCUGACUUCGUACCAAUGACGCCCUAUCAAACUGAUCAUCUUGUCGUUGGUAUUGGCCAGCGAUAUCAUGUUAUUCUUGACACACUUCCUAACGCUACCAAUGGAUCGGCAUAUUGGAUUCGCCUUACACCAACUACCGGAUGUUCAGUGUUUGAAGCAAACAAUCCCCCGGACGAAAAGGUGGGGAUACUCUACUACGGAAGGAGAACAACUACCAUGCCAACCAGCACCGGACAAGGUUUCCCCGCCGCAUGCCGUGAUGAACCGUUUGAGCGACUGAAGCCCUAUCACCCAUGGCAGGUUCCUGACCCUCAAGUUGCCCCCACUCCGCUCAGCGCCAGCAAUGAUAUUGGUCUCGGGAAAUGGCGAAUGCCCGGGAGGCCUGGUACGGGUCCAGAAGUUAAUUUCUGGGCCAUUGGGCCAUCCCCAAUGUAUUUGAACUAUUCCCAGCCAAUGGUUAAGAGUUUGGACCGGUCGACGUGGGACGACACUUGGGUUGUAUAUCCAUCUGAAGAACAUACAAGCAACGAUUGGGUGUAUCUUUUAAUUACCGGACUGAAAAGUUUGACCGCAAAAGUUGGUGUACAGAUUCCUGCUGCUCACCCAAUUCAUCUUCACGGACACGAUUUUGCUUUACUACAACAAUCCAGCGAGGCGUUUAAGCCAAGCCUUCUAAACCUCAAACUCGAUAAUCCACCUCGCCGUGAUGUGACUCUGCUUCCCGCGGGUGGUUUUAUCGUCAUUGCCUUCAAAGCCGAUAAUCCAGGGUCCUGGGUCAUGCACUGCCAUAUUGCAUGGCACGCAUCGAUGGGCUUAGCACUUCAAAUUCUUGAACGUAAGAAUGAUUUUAAGGCACUCUUGCGGACUCAGCCGAACGAUGUUGCAGAGAUGAACAGAGUGUGCCGAAACUGGGAUUCCUGGUAUGGCAAUCCGGCUAACCACUGGAACUCCAACGACUUCUUCCAGGAGGACUCGGGAAUCUAA